AUGGGGCUGUUCCGGGCGGCGUCUGGCCUGGCCCGUGUGGCGCUGCGGCGGAACCUCUCGCGCGCCGCGGCGAGCCCCUUCGCCAGCGGCGGUGGCGCCGUCCCGGGCGCCGCGCCGGCGCGCUACUUCCACUCCACCCGCCCGCGCCGGUUCGCCGCGCCCGCACCCCGCGCGGUGCCGCUCUCGCGCCUCACCGACAGCUUCCUCGACGGGACCAGCAGCGUCUACCUCGAGGAGCUGCAGCGGGCCUGGGAGGCCGACCCCAACUCUGUCGACGAGUCCUGGGACAACUUCUUCCGCAACUUCGUCGGCCAGGCUGCCGCCACCUCUCCCGGCCUCUCCGGCCAGACCAUCCAGGAGAGCAUGAGGCUGCUGCUGCUUGUCAGGGCGUACCAGGUGAGCGGCCAUCUGAAGGCCAAGCUCGACCCGCUUGGGCUGGAGGAGCGCCCGGUCCCGGACGUGCUGGACCCGGCGUUCUAUGGGUUCUCUGAGGCGGACUUGGACCGCGAGUUCUUCCUUGGGGUGUGGAGGAUGGCUGGGUUCCUUGAGGAGAACCGGCCAGUGCAGACGCUGCGUUCCGUGCUGGAGCGGCUCGAGCGGGCCUACUGUGGCACCAUUGGGUAUGAGUACAUGCACAUACCUGACAGGGAGAAGUGCAACUGGCUCAGGGAUAGGAUCGAGACAGUUAACCCAAGGGAGUACUCUUAUGAGCGUCGUCAGGUCAUGCUGGAUAGGCUUAUCUGGAGCACACAGUUUGAGAAUUUCUUGGCAACCAAGUGGACGACUGCAAAACGGUUCGGUCUUGAAGGCGCUGAGACUCUGAUCCCUGGCAUGAAAGAGAUGUUUGACAGGGCAGCUGAUCUUGGUGUAGGGAGUAUUGUCAUUGGGAUGCCACACAGAGGCAGGCUAAAUAUCUUGGGAAAUGUUGUGAGGAAGCCCUUGCGACAGAUAUUCAGCGAGUUUAGUGGUGGUACCAAGCCUGUCAAUGAAGGGGAGGGGUUGUAUACAGGGACUGGUGAUGUCAAGUACCAUCUUGGAACUUCAUAUGAUAGGCCUACCAGGGGUGGGAAACAUAUCCAUCUGUCACUGGUUGCAAACCCGAGUCAUUUGGAAGCAGUUGAUCCUGUUGUUGCUGGGAAGACGAGAGCGAAACAGUACUAUUCUAAUGACCGUGACAGGACCAAGAAUUUGGGAGUGUUGCUGCAUGGUGAUGGUAGUUUCUCAGGUCAGGGCGUUGUGUAUGAGACGCUGCAUCUCAGUGCCCUUGAAAACUACACCACUGGUGGGACAAUACAUAUCGUGGUCAAUAAUCAGGUUGCUUUCACUACUGAUCCAAAGUCAGGGAGAUCCUCGCAGUAUUGCACAGACGUAGCAAAAGCAUUGGAUGCUCCAAUUUUCCAUGUUAAUGGUGAUGAUUUGGAGGCCGUUGUUCAUAUCUGUGAGCUCGCUGCAGAAUGGCGACAGACAUUUCAUUCAGAUGUAGUGGUGGACAUUGUAUGCUACCGGCGAUUUGGCCAUAACGAAAUUGACGAGCCAUCCUUCACCCAACCUAAGAUGUACAAGGUGAUUAGGAACCAUCCAAGUGCGCUUGAGAUUUAUCAAAGAAAGUUGUUGGAGUCUGGGAAGAUCUCAAAGGAAGAUAUUGAUAAGUUAAACAAGAAGGUCAGCACUAUACUUAAUGAGGAAUUCCAGAAUAGCAAAGACUAUGUUCCCAACAAGAGGGACUGGCUUUCAGCUUACUGGACUGGGUUCAAGUCACCAGAGCAGAUUUCGCGUAUCCGAAACACUGGUGUCAAGCCAGAGAUUCUAAAACGUAUUGGAGAAGCCAUGACUACUCUGCCAGAAAAUUUCAAGCCUCACAGGGCUGUGAAGAAGAUUUUUGAUCUGCGGCGCCAGAUGAUCGAGACUGGAGAAGGCAUUGAUUGGGCAGUUGGUGAAGCGCUUGCUUUUGCUACUCUUAUAAUUGAGGGGAACCAUGUCAGGUUAAGUGGUCAGGAUGUUGAGAGGGGUACAUUCAGCCACCGUCAUGCUGUCAUCCAUGACCAAGAAACUGGAGAGCAGUACUGCCCGCUGGAUCAUCUUGUUAUGAAUCAGGAUGAGGAACUUUUUACUGUAAGCAACAGUUCCCUGUCAGAAUUUGCUGUUUUGGGCUUUGAAUUGGGUUACUCCAUGGAAAACCCGAACUCAUUGGUCUUAUGGGAAGCUCAGUUUGGUGAUUUUGCAAAUGGAGCUCAAGUGAUAUUUGAUCAGUUCCUGAGUAGUGGAGAGUCAAAAUGGCUCCGCCAGACUGGCCUUGUUGUUUGCCUUCCUCAUGGAUAUGAUGGUCAGGGGCCUGAACAUUCUAGUGCAAGAUUGGAGCGCUUUCUUCAGAUGAGUGAUGACAACCCUUAUGUUAUACCAGAGAUGGAUCCAACACUGCGGAAGCAAAUCCAGGAGUGCAAUUGGCAGGUCGUUAAUGUAACGACUCCUGCAAAUUAUUUCCAUGUUCUGCGUCGUCAGAUACACCGGGACUUCAGGAAGCCUUUGAUUGUGAUGUCCCCAAAGAACCUCCUUCGCCACAAGGACUGCAAAUCCAACCUAUCUGAAUUUGAUGAUCUUGCGGGCCACCCUGGAUUCGACAAGCAAGGGACACGCUUCAAGCGGCUCAUUAAGGACCAGAAUAAUCACAAGGAUCUCGAGGAGGGAAUCAACCGUCUAGUUCUUUGCUCUGGAAAGGUGUACUAUGAACUGGAUGAAGAAAGAAGGAAGACGGAGCGCACUGAUGUUGCUAUAUGUAGAGUUGAGCAGCUCUGCCCGUUCCCCUAUGACCUCAUCCAGCGCGAGUUGAAGAGAUAUCCAAAUGCUGAGAUCGUGUGGUGCCAGGAGGAGCCCAUGAACAUGGGAGCGUACAGCUACAUCAACCCGCGGCUGCUGACGGCGAUGAAGGCUCUGGGCUGGGGUCGCAUCGAGGACAUCAAGUAUGUCGGCAGGGCUCCGUCCGCUGCUACCGCGACGGGCUUCUACUCGGUGCACGUGCAGGAGCAGGCGGAGCUGGUACAGAAGGCCCUGCAGCGCGACCCCAUCAACUACCCGUUCUGA